UAUCGACGCGCGCGAUUUUAUCGACGGAAAUUGUGACAACUUUGAAAAUGUGGCGCGAAGUGGCGUAUCGUUCCAAGUUAACUUUUGUCAGUUAAAAGGAUCAUCGUACGAGAAAGUAAAUUCAUGGUUUAGCUUACUGCGACUUUUAAGGUACUUAAAAAAUCGUCGUUCGCGUUGACAAAGCUGUUGGCUCUUUGUGGAAAGCGACGGAAUUGACGGGAAAUUGUAAUGAUUGAAAGCAAGCUUGUGAAACAAUCAAGUGUUCGUAGAAAUGAAUUGCAAUGGAGAGUCGUCUUUGGAUGGUAAACGUAGGGUCAAUUCUUACAUGGAUAGCAAACCUAUCGUCACCAAUGCUGGAGAUGAAGAAUUAUUUUCUACUUUGGAGAACAGUUUGCUUCAAGCUAUUCCUGAGAGUACGGUCGAGUGGCGUAGGUCAUUUGGCAGACCUAUUAAACAGGUUAAACUUGGAGCAUCUUUUGUAUCAUUUUCAAGAGAUAUCUUGCCUAAUGAAAAAGAUUGGCAUCUCAUAAAUCAGCCAGUAUUACACAUUUAUUGGAGUGAAUGUACUGAUAUUGACGCUUAUAAAACAAGCGUGAGAGAUGACAUAGAUGCUUGGUUGAAAAUAUUAUCUUCUUAUCACAUUCAAGACUGGAUGAUCGUUAUAGUGGAAACAUAUGAUCCAAAAAAAAGUACCAAAUUAUUACCUAGAACUACUGUUUUAGAUAAGAUUAGGAGUGACUUUGCUUCAAAAGCUGGUGAUAGAUGCUUUGCUGUAAUAAAUCCUAUUAAAUAUAAAUCUCGUUCGACGGAAACUUGGAGAGGAUUAAUCGGACGUAUUCGUCAUUUGAUGCUUACCGCGUAUGAUAAAACUCUUUCUCGAUUCGAAGAUAUUAUAAGAGAACAGAGAGAAAGUCGGAAUCUUCCUGGUUGGAACUUUUGCCAUUAUUUUCUUUUGCAGGAAGAACUUGCAUUUGUGUUGCAAAUGUUGGGUUUAUACGACGAAGCGUUGGUACAAUAUGAUGAAUUGGAUGCUCUCUUUACACAAUUCGUAUUAAAUUCUAAUGUAGGAGAUACACCAGCUUGGCUGAAUUUAUUCCAAACACCUCUUAAUAAUUGGGCUGGUGUAAAUUUAAGUAAUGGCGUUAAUCGUCAUUUAAGAUUUCUCUUAGCCGAAUGCAAAGCGUCAUUGCUGGAUUUUAGAAGUUAUUUAUUUAGCAGACAAUGUUCUAUGCUUUUGUUGCUUAAAAAGCCAUGGGAGGUUGCACAGCGAUGCUUAUCCUUUAUUCACAAUACACUGAGCGAAUUACAAAUUCUUGAAAUUCAACGACCAGAAGGAUCUGUUGAGUGUUGGGCUUUUUUGUGUGCAUUAGAAGUGUUGCAAGCAUGUCAAUUAUCAGCUUAUAGCAUAGAUAACAAUCAACAGUUGGAUCUUUGCUCUUUACAUACCGCGAGUUUAUGGGCCCUUGCACGGGAUAAGUUAGGAGCAUUAGGAAAAUUAUGUGGUCUCAUGCCUGGUAGCGAACCAACUAGCGAACAACUCCACACAGUUGUUUACCUUAUAGCAGGUAUGGGAGAUUCAGAACCACAGAAGGAAGGAAAAGCAACUCCGAUAGAUAAAUUGAAGGAAGCGUUAUCGUCUAAAGAAGUUUUUAAAAAACAAUACUUAGAGCAUGCAGAGUUAGCUAUGGGUACUUAUAAACAUGUUGGACGCAUAAGAUCAGCUAGAUUAAUAGGCAAAGAAUUAGCGAGAUUCUAUGGUGAAUUAGGAGAAAAUCAGAAAGCUGUAGCAUUUUUAUCUGAUGCUUUGAAAACAUAUAUGGAUGAAGGGUGGUAUCAUCUAGCAGCACAAACACAAUUAGAAUUAGCACAAUGUUACAAAAGAAUGGACGACGUAGAGAAAUAUAUAGAGAUCUGUGCUGCGAUUUCUUGUACCAAUAUACUUCAUAUUACUGUACGUAAUACAUAUUUUGAAGAAAUGUUAGGAUAUAUGAAGAUGUUAACUUUGCCACAGCCAUUACUCACAGAAUUUGGACACUCUUUUAUAAUACUCAGUAUGGAAGUUAACGUAAUGGACAAAGUAGUGCAAGAUUGUGUAGUUAAUAUUGUGAUUAGUGUACAAAGUUUGUUUCCUAGAGAAAUAAAAUGUACAGGUGCAUAUAUUUCUGUUGAAGAAGUUCAAAAACCUUUGGCUCCAAAUAAAAAAAAAGGUUCAAAAGUGGCAGCAGAGCCACCAAUACAAUUGUUGUCAAGUUGUACUAUAGAAGAUAUGAAGCCACUUGAUCCAAGUCUAGCAUUAUUACAAGUAUAUUCCUACUUGAACUGUAAAGAAGACAAAAGUAUAGGUUCUGCUAGUGUUAUGUAUAAAAAUAUUAAGCCUGUGGUACGACGUUCAGAUAGUGCUAAACAUAGAAAAGCUUCGAUAAAUAUGAAAGGUGACUUUAGCAAAUCGUUAUCGUGUGCUGAAUUUGUUAUGAAACCAGGUAUAAAUAUAUUUACAUUGACCAGGCGGGUUGAUUGUCCUGGAUUUUACAAAGUUGGUCAAUUGUCACUUGUUAUCGAAGAGAAAUUAGAAUUUUUAUCUCCAAUUCUAAAUCCACGAUUAUGCUAUGAAGUUGCAAAAACCCAACCAGUAAUUUCUUUGAAAUGUGGAAGAGAUCUAUUGGCUGGGCUUAUUCAAGAUAUAGAAUUAGUUAUAUCAACUGGAAGUAUGAGGAUAACACAAGAAAUGAAAUUAAAAUUACGUGCGUCUAGAGGAUUAAUGAUACAAUUAAAUGACGCGGAAGCGGUAAUGAUUAAAGAAUUAGAAACGCCACUGCCAUCGUGUGAACCAUUUCAAACGAUAAAAUUGGGAUUAAAAGUUUUAGCGGAGCUCCCACCCAAAAAAGAUCCUUCUUCUAUGGAGCAUAAACUUAGCGUGCAAUGUCCAUGGGGUACAGAAGAGAGUAUCCUUUUGCACUUUGGUCCACCUUUAAUGACAAAUAUGAAAUUGCAUACUGCUAAGCAGAGAAAAUUCGUUCAAAUAAUUGUUACAGGGUUAACAAAUCGACUUUUACAAUUAUCUGAUCCUCAUUUGGCAUCAAAUACAUCAAUGGAUUUAAAUUUUAAAAGUUUAAAUCCAACUGCUGGUCAACAGUUAGUGGUAGGUAGUGGAAUGAAUGUAUCAUUUAUGUGGGAAGUUGAAGUUGGCAAAGAUGAGAAAGCUACAGUACCCAUUAAGACUGAUUUUCGUGUAAAAUAUGUACCAAUUAAUGACACCGAGGAAACAAGUAAUACUUGUCUAAAUGACGAUCCUUUACAUAUACAUAAUUUGCAAAAAAUAGAAAAAGCUUCUAGUGUAUAUAGGUGUAAUUUCGAUGUCACAGAUUAUGUGACAUUAUUUACAGUCUCCUCAAGGGUUGAAGCGGGCGGAGGUGGAGGAGAAUUUUGCCGUGCUGGUAGUAUGUGUCAUCUUUAUCUUACAGUGACACGUAUGUUGUAUACUCCUAAUCCUAAUCCUCCACCUCAACUAAUGUAUGAGGUAUUAGCAGAUCAAACUAUGUGGGCCGUUUGUGGCCGAACUGCAGGAAUCAUUUCAUUAGAAAUUGUAGAAAAACAGAGCGUUACGUUAGAUGUUAUGCCUCUAACCAGCGGUUAUUUACCUUUACCCGUUGUUAGAUUGUCUCGAUAUAUUCCUGCAGUUGAAAGUAAGUCAGAUGUCACGCGUAAAGGUGACGUAACUUCAGGUCCGAGACUGGAACCAUUCAGUCCAGGGCAAGUGUAUAAUGCUAGUAAAGCUCAACAAGUACAUGUUUUACCUGCAGCACCUUCAGAAUCUAAUUAAGUUUCGAAGCUAUUCUUAAAACCAUACUAUACAACUUGGUUUCAAAGAAUAUAUAUUCUCAUUAGUGUGAUCAGUAUAGUAAAUUUAAAAGUUAAUUUGAAAGGCAAUUUCUAGUCCUCAUUGUCUUCUCAUGCAAACUUUUCUUGGUAUAAAGGAUUAAUACUUUUACUUGAAUGAGACUUGAUUACAACUAAAUUAAUAAUAGACACAACUUCCUCUCUCUCUCUCUCUCUCUCUCUCUCUCUUUCUCUAGACUGUACCAUGAUUGAUCUUCAUUCAGCAUUUUCUUUUUUGCUUUACUUAUAAAAUCCUAUUAAAAAACAAAGUAAUAAUGUGACAAUAGACAACCACAAAGAUUAAUAGAUUCGUACGACAAAAAUUGUAAACAACAUUGAAUAUUUACAUUAUAUUAAGAUAUAUUUAAUGUCUUAUGAAAAAAUCUUUUUAUUUUUAAUUUAUAUACGAUCAAUGAUAACUUUUUUGUUUUUUGAUGAAUUUCAAAUGAUGAUAAUAUUAUUUCAUCCAACCACAUUUAUAAUAUUUGUUUUUUAAAAGAAUUACUCUGUUGAGCUAUGUAUUAUAAUAUGAUGCCAUACUUAUUGCAUAGCAUAAGAAAGUAAAGAAUUUGUAUGACGCAUUAAGAAGAGAACAAUCGGUAUGGAAUUUAUUUUUAUUAGGUAAUUGUGAGAUAAUGUCGGAAAAUGAAGAUCUAUGAUUUUAAUUUGAAUUUGAGGAAAACAAAUAAUUCCUAGGUAUAAAAAAUUUUGUAGUAUUUUCAUAUUUUUCACUUUUAUCGUACUAUUACUGCAAAGAAGUGAAUUUAAUAUCGAUUGUCCACUUUGAUGUUAAUAUGGAAAAAAUUAGAGUAUAAUUCUGAAUGAAAUGUUUACCAUUUAGAUAUAUGGUACCUGUGCUCUAAAAUAUAAAACUGUUUUAUAGUUUUUUAUUGAAUAAUGUAUAUUAUCUGCAUCAAUCAUGAUAGUUACAUUCUUAAUCCAAUAAGUGCUUCUUCGCAAUUUGCCCUAAAUAUUGAUCUAAAAACUCAUUAAAUAUAAUCUGUACACAUGACAUCGAAUAUUUUCGAGGAUCGAUAAAAGCAGUGUGUAUACGCGCGUAUAUGUGUGACAAAAAUAUGAUAAAAAUUAACGUUGAAAAAGAUAGAAGUAUCUGUAUAUUCUUA